UAUUUGCUCCUAAAUUGAAAACAGUAAUUACUCGCCAUUCUAACCAAUUGAGGAAACGAUUGCACAUGGAAACAAAAUUUUAUAACAAUGGUGAAAUCAACAACCAAAAAAUUGAACGUAAAUACGAAUUGAGAAACAGAACAGUGUAUGUUAGUAAUCAAUUGAAUUGUGUCAAACGCUCCAAUGCGAGGCUGUAUAAUGAAGGUGCAACACCAAAAAAGAAGACAAAGAUCUGGUCCGAAAAUUUUGAAGAUAAGAUGCAGAGCUGUUCUGAGGGAUCGUUAAAUUCUGAGGGCUUGAUAAAUUCUGAGGGUUCAAAUAUUGCUGAGGGAUAG